UUCAGCUCAGCCACAAUGAGUUUGCUGUGUUGUUGAUAAAGCCACAUUCCUUCAGUCCUCCUUCCCGUUAACUUUGGGAUUUUAGGGAACUGAGAAAGUUGUUCCCUCCCUAUGUUGCAAGGAAAACCUGCGUUGGUUAUUACCACCUCCCACUUCCACUCUCACAGAUGCUGACUUGGAGCCGCUCACAUCGGCCGUGGGCAUUCCAGCUCAACUUCUUGUUUCCUGUGCAGACUUAAAAUAGGGAAUAAAGUGGACUUCCAGGGACGGGUGUGAAGAAGAAGUCUUUUUUUUAUGUAAAUAGCUCAUCUGUUAACUGAGAAAAGAAGAGCCCUGCUGUGCCAGGCCAACAGGGACCGGGACCCCUCGGAGUUCUGCGUUAACCUCCUGGAUCAGACAUGGGAACGGUCUACUAUGUCAGCAAAAACAUGGGCCUCGGGAUCCUUGUGCUGGCGUUCAGUGCGUUGGCCACAAUCAUUGCUCUAUCCAUCGCCUAUAACAAAGAAAGGGCCAAGAAUCGAGGCAAACUGGAAGGUGGCGCGUCAGACUCCACCACCUCCAUGCCCCCCACUGGCCCCUUCACCCCGAAGGAGCCCUGGGACCACUUCAGACUUCCAGACUCCCUCAUCCCCGUCUCUUACAACGUGACCCUGUGGCCCCGGCUGGAGCCCAACGCAGAUGGCAUUUACGUUUUUACCGGUCACUCGACUGUGGAAUUUCGAUGUGUAAGGGACACCGAUCUCAUCAUCAUCCACUCCAACAAGCUGAACUUCACAACCUUCUUUGGGCACCACGCUGAACUGAGAGCUCUGGAUGAAGCCACCGUGCCCAGCAUACAGAGCAGUUGGCUUGUGGUAAAGACCAUGUAUCUAGUUCUCAAACUGAGCAGCAGCCUCUCGAAGGGAGCCUCCUAUGUCCUAUACACUGAAUUUAUGGGGGAGCUGGCAGAUGACCUGGAAGGAUUCUAUAGGAGUGAAUAUGUGAAGGAUGGUGUGAAGAAAGUAGUCGCUACCUCCCAGAUGCAAGCCACGUAUGCCAGAAAGACCUUCCCUUGCUUUGAUGAGCCAGCCAUGAAGGCCGUCUUCAAUGUCGUCAUCAUCCACAGAAGAGACACCGUGGCCCUGUCCAACAGCAUGGAAAUUGACUCCUCAGAUUCUCUCUUUGACGGCGAGCCUGUCAGAAUCACAACGUUCGAGCCCACCAAGAGAAUGUCGACAUAUCUGCUUGCAUUUAUUGUCAGCGACUUUGGGAACAUUGGGUCAAAAGACAAAGAUUUACUGAUCCGAAUCUGGGCUCAAAAAGAAGCCAUAGAUGAUGGUCAGGGCACCUACGCUCUCAAUGUUACGAGGCCAAUCCUUCAGUUCUAUGAGAAAUAUUACGGUACAAAGUACCCACUCUCCAAGUCUGAUCAGAUAGCUCUGCCUGAUUUCCACGCUGGAGCAAUGGAAAACUGGGGUCUGGUCACAUACAGGGAAACAGCCCUGCUUUAUGACCCCACACUUUCCUCUACCGGAAACAAAGAGAGGAUCACAACUGUUAUCUCCCAUGAGCUUGCACACAUGUGGUUUGGAAACUUGGUGACGCUGCGAUGGUGGAAUGAUUUAUGGCUGAACGAGGGCUUUGCUUCAUACGUAGAGUACCUCGGUGCUGACUACGCUCAGCCCACCUGGAACAUUAAAGACUUCAUUAUCCUGUACGACGUGCAGAAGGUAUUUGCUGUGGAUGCCCUGGCUUCCUCAUACCCUCUCUCCCGCCCAGAGGAGGAAAUCAAUGAACCUGCCGAGAUCAGCCAGAUGUUCAGCACCAUCUCCUACAGCAAGGGAGCUGCGGUGCUCAGGAUGUUGUCAGAGUUUCUCACCGAGCCUGUGUUCGUCAGAGGACUCAAUUCUUACCUCAACACUUUUGCCUUCAACAACACAGUGUAUACAGACCUGUGGGACCAUCUCCAAAAGACAGUUGAAGACACGCCGGAUUUGCAUAUUCCACAAACCAUCCACAGCAUCAUGAACCGCUGGACCCUCCAAAUGGGCUUCCCUGUUGUGAACAUAGACACCCGAACAGGAAGUGUCUCCCAGAAACACUUUCUAUUGGAUCCAUACUCUGUGGUGAACAGGCCGUCCCAAUUCAAUUACACGUGGUUUGUUCCUAUCAAAUGGAUGAAGAAUGGUGUGGAGCAGCCACUAUACUGGCUCCUUCAAAAGACAGACACCAACAGUCAGAUGAGAGUCUCAGGAGGCGACUGGGUGCUGGCAAACACAAAUGUUUCUGGAUACUUCAGAGUGAACUAUGACCUCGAAAAUUGGGAUCGUCUCCUCUCUUUGCUAAACACCGACCAUCAGGCUUUAUCGAUCCUCAACCGAGCACAGAUCAUAGAUGAUGCUUUCAAUCUGGCAAGAGCAAAAAUAAUCACCACGUCACUGGCUCUGAGAACCACAAAAUACCUGUCAAAAGAGAAAGAAUACAUCCCCUGGGAAUCAGCUCUGAGAAAGCUCGACUAUUACAUUAUUAUGUUUGAUCGCACUGAGGUCUAUGGAGCUUUACAGGCAUACCUGAGGAAACAGAUCAAACCCCUUUUUGAGUACUUCAGGACAGUUACCAAUAACUGGAAAGACAUCCCCACACGGCACAGUGAUCAAUACAAUCAGGUCAAGGCCAUUGGGGUGGCGUGCAGCAUGGGACUGGAGGGCUGCAGGGACCUGAUGAAAAGCUGGUACAAAAAGUGGAUGGAGAAUCCGAGUCAUAACCCGAUCCAUCCCAACCUGAAAGGUACAGUUUAUUGCCACGCCAUAGCGCUCGGGGGUGUGGAGGAGUGGGACUUUGCCUGGAGAAUGUUUCAGAAUGCCUCUCUGGCGUCUGAAGCCUCCAGGCUCCGGUCGGCCAUGGCGUGCACCAAAACACCAUGGCUUCUGAAUAGAUAUCUGGAGUACACCCUUGACCCGAAAAAGAUUCGCAAGCAAGACGCCAUCUCUACCAUCAGUAACAUCGCCCGCAAUGUUGUGGGAUUGCCCCUGGCUUGGAACUUUGUCAGAGAAAAAUGGAGUUACAUCUUCGAACAGUACGGAAAAGGAUCCUUUUCCUUCUCCAAUCUGGUCAGCGGGAUCACAAUGAGAUUCUCCACAGAGUUUGAGUUGCAGGAGCUGAAAAAAUUCAAGGAAGACAACCUCCAUGUUGGCUUUGGCUCGGGCAGCAUUGCCCUGGAGCAGGCCAUAGAAAAGACCAAAGCCAACAUGAAAUGGGUGGCCGAGAACAAAGCCGAGGUGCUGAAGUGGUUUACUGAGGAGGCCACAUGAGAACGCAGAAAGCCAUGAUGACUUUUUUAACGACCGAUGAUCACUACAAUCAUCAGGAGCCACAGAAGUUAAAGAAAAGGACUUUCCCGCCGUUGUGAGACAGUGCCUCGCUGGACGCCAUCGUCAGGUCAAAGAAACAAGCCCAACUUUGUUUUGUUCUCUGAACUCUUCAUGUUAUGAGUUGUACAUUGCUAUGAUAAUGCAUACAAGCCGCAUACACUAGGCACUGAAC